AUGCCUCAUAAGAAAGGCAUUCUUGGGAAAUGGACCAAACGGUCAGUGGCAAAAAAUGGACCUCCUGAAACCUUCGGGUGGUUUCGAACGCUCAAGUUUCGUCGUCGGUUGGGCCGGCUUUGCGAACUCAAAAAGGUGGCUUUGAGGCUCAUUCGAGCUCCGGAUCCACUUAAGCGUGCGGUCCAAAACAGCUUGGUUAAUAAAUUAGCCCGCCACUUCCCGGAACUUCGUCAGAAAUCUGACGAUUUGGCAGGUUUGGUGCAAUAUGUGCAUCAACUCAUCCAGAAAGAUAGUGCUACCCUCAAAACUCUUGAAAUGGACAUGCGUUCCCAAAAAAUUGCUAAAUGGAGAACCUGGAUUGACGAGGACCCCAAAGCUAUUGGAAGAUGGUUGCGAAAUCGGACCAACUCUGGAGGUUCGGUUGCGGUUGCGUCCGCUCAUGGAAAUGUUUGCACCGCUGAGGAAAUUACUACCUGUAUUUUCAACUACUGGUCCAAUUUUUGGAAAGAAAUUAAAGAGGGACGUCCUGAUGGGAUCACCAGAGAUAGUCUCCUGCAAAGGCAUGCCGCUUACGCUCCGGUUGAGUGGCAAGACCCGUCGGUGGACGAAGUGGUUCGUAUCGCUAGAUCUAUGACUGGUUCGGGCGGCGUGGAUGGUUGGCUUGGAGCGGAAAUUCGUUUUCUCCCUCGUAGGAUCUUGGAAAUGUUCCGUAAGUUAGCCAUUUCUUGGGGUCACAGGAAAAAGGUUCCCGCCCAGUUCUUGGAGGCCCGGUGCGUCAUGUUGCCUAAGACCAGCAAACAGGUGGAGGGUUCUAUCAGGGUUGAUGACAUUCGUCCUAUCACGGUUAUGAGUUGUUGGUGGAGGUUAUGGUCUUCCUGCCUUGUGAAGUGUGCUUCCACUCGUAAAUGGGUUGCCGAUGCUAUUCCGGAUGAAGUGAUUUUUGGUUCAGGGCCCAAGGCCGAGGCUCAACUUGCGGCUGCUGCGGUUCUUUUGGGGAUUAGCAAUGAUGGUUUUGGGUGUACCUUAGAUUUCUCGAAAUGCUAUGACACUUUAGACCCUCAGGGUACGGAGGCUCUUCUCCAUGCUGGCCAUUUCCCCCAACAUUGGAUUGACACUCUCAGUUUAGUGUGGAAACAACAGAAAAGGUGGAUCGUUUGGAACCGUCAUUAUCAUUCGGUGCAACUGGAUGCGGCUUGUUGCAUGCCUCAAGGGGACCCUUGGGGGCCGCUUGCCUUGCAGAUGUGGAUGACGUCUGGUCUCAGGUUCGUGUCUCAGAACUUGCAGCCCAGACUUCGGGGGGGAAUCGACCGCGUUUAUAUGGAUGACCGAAGUUUCAGCUCCCCGUCCCCCGAAGGCUUGUUGGCUAAGCGCAACCUUUGGGCUGAUUGGUCCGGCAAGGUUGGUUUACUUGAAAAUGACCGUAAGACGUCUUUUGCUUCCUCUACCGCUCGGCAUGCCAGAAAGCUGGUUGCGGUUGGGAUUUCGGACGAUCAAAUCUCUAAAGAAUUUGAGAUCCUGGGUGUCCAGGCGGGAUUUCAACCCCGUACUUUUGGGCGUAAAGAGCAACACCGCAUUGAUCAAGCUUUUUUGGUCUUGCAUCUCAUCUGUUGCCUUCGUCUGAGUUUUCGUAAAUUUCAUCUUGCGGCUAGGAUGUAUGCUCUCUCUAAGUGUUUGUAUGGUUGGAUCAGUAGGCUUCCCACCGAUGCUGUUGUUCGUAAGUGGUGGGCGGCGCUCCGAAAAGGACAGAGAUCCUUGAGUGCUGCCAACCCUUUCCUCAGAGGAGUUCUCAUGGGUGGGCUCGCGCAUAUGGACUGCGUGAUCGGCGUCAAUUUGCUGCGUGUGGUGCACACGCUCAAGCAUGAGUUUGGCCUUGCCUGGGCUUCUAAACGCGGAAGCCCGCUACACAUCUUGAAGAGGUGGUUAGCCUUGAAAGGUUGGGACAUUUGUUCCAAUUGGGUUUGGCAAAUGCCUGGACAGCUUUGUACUCUUGAUUUGACUUGUUCUGGUACUGAGCAUUUGAAACACCUUCAACAUGUUCUUAGGAAUGGUUGGCGUUGGUUUUGUUUCAGCAAAUUUAUGAAACAAGCUCGUCAUGAUAAUCAGGAUAUGUAUGUUUCACUCGCCGACUUUCUCGAAUUCGAUUUUGCAAAGAUGAGUCGGUUGUUGAAUUCGGAGGCGGCGUUCCGCUCCGUGAUGCUUGGUGCGGCUAGAUCGCCUGGAGUUUUUGCUAAUCGAGCGAAUCCUGCAGGGUUCCCCACGGAUUGCAUUUGGAAGUGUGGCCGUGUUGGCUAUUGGGACCACUGUAGCUGGGACUGUGACAAUAGGCCUUCGAUGGUUGUUUGUGAUCACCCCCUCGGGAAGCGUUUGGGAUGGUUUCGAGUUGGCGAAUCUUCUGCUCACACGACUUGGUUGGCGAAAGUCGUUCGGAAGAUCUGGGAUCUUCGUUAUGAGACGCCUAUUAAAGGGAUCGGCUGA